ACAUGGCCUCUGACAGCAAUCACACCCACUCGUGCAGCUCAUCAGGCUCCACAACAAAGAAUACAAAAAGAAGAAAAAUAUUUAUCAACAUGGAUAAUUGUUUAUAUAGGCUGGAUCAGGUGCUUUAUGAAAGAUAUUGCGAAAAAUUCGGAAAGAAAAUUCCAUCACCACUUGAAAUGAUGAGGAAGCCUGCUGGUUUUCAUUUGGAAAAGGGUGAUCAGUAUAAAUUGAGUCAAAUUUUGAUGGAUCGGGACUUCUUUUCGAAGGAGGAUUUGACAGUGGAUAACACAAAGGGGAUUUUGUUGGAAGUUUAUCAGUAUGAGGAAAAGUACAAGACCAUUGAUUUUAAAUUAUUCACAACUUUGAAUCCUGUGAAUAGUUCAGUGUAUUUUAAGAGAAUUCCACAGAUUUCAUUCUUUAAUGAUGAGGUUAGUGGAAAUGAUGAUGGAAAGUACUCGCUCAGUAUUGAUAGGGAUGAAUGUAUUAGAAUAAUGACCACAAAGAUAAAUUGGGUUUGUAAAUUAUUGGGUCAUAAGAAGAAUUGGUUGAAUAAGAUUAUGUUUCUGGAGGAAGAUUUAACCAAUGAGACGAGUUCAGUUCUGAAUUGUGCUGACUUGCUGAUUUUGGGUUAUCCACUUGUUUCAGAAUUGAAUGCUACAGAUAAGAAUCAGGAAAUUAUAAUUAUCAAGACAACUGACAAUCAGGAUUUAUUCAAGACUGGGGAAUGGAACAAACUAGUUGAGAGUUCAAGAAAUACAGAUAGAACCUUCUCUGUCAUGAAGGGAUGGAAGGAUUGGAAGAAGAGCUGGAAUUUGGAAUUUUCAUUGAAUGAUUUUCUUACCAAGUUUGAAGGAACAAGUACAGCUCAGGAAGUUAUCAACUCUUCUGCUCAACCAACAGCUGUUGAGGUGCCAUUUUACCAUCAUGGCUCAAAGGAUUCCUCUGAUGUUGACAUCAUUUAUAUUUUCAAGGAUAAGUUACCUCCUGAAAAUGAUUGUAAUUUGUUUAUUAGAGCAUCUGGAACUGAGGAUAGAAAUUUAGUUUUGAUUCGAUCAGAAGAUUAUAGCGAAUUGAAAAGUGACACUGAUAAGGGAUAUUUGGUUGAUGUGUUUAAGGGAUUGGUUGAUGAGGCCAAUAAUGCUCUUUUCACAACUUAUCCUCUCCAUGAACAAAAGUAUCCAUGUCAAAUCAGAGGACGUGUCAGAAGAUUGGUUCCACUAAAGGUUUGCAUGACACUUGUCAAUUUAAUUGGUAAGGUAAGAAGAUGUAAGGAGGUGAGAAGCUUUUGCAUCAAGGCACUCAAUGUUCCUUCAUUCAAAUUGAAGCGAUUAUCCUUGGCUGAGAUGGACUUUACAAAGCUCACCAGCAAACUGCAUCCAGAUGAUUUAAAAUUUAUGGCUUUCAGAUUGGGUCAAACACUUGCCCUAGUGUUAUAUGGUUGUGAAUUAUAUUCCAAGAGUGAAAUUAGUGAAUUUUAUCCAGAAUUGAAGGCUCACUUGUACAGAGACGAGAAUGUGAGCUAUGCAGAAAAGUUGGAAAUUUUGGAAAAGUACAAGAAGAUUUUUGUGGAGAGCAUUUCAUGUGUUGACUCAGAGAGACAGUCCUUUGUAAAUGUUCUCUAUCUGAACAGAGAGGAAUUGAAAAAGAUUGAUCGUGUGAAUUACUUCCAUUUGCAGGCCAAUGGAUUUGUUUGUGAUUUGAAGGACAAGUUUUUAAAGUGCUUUGCAUAUCCAUUUGAUGAUUUUGAAGUUUGGCAAAGACUGAAGACCCAAACAAAUGAAAUAUCUAUUGGACAUAUGUGGAAUGAUGAGGGAGAUGCUACAUUGCCAGAAUACACCCCUCCAAGUGAAAAUAUAAUUCCAUUACAAGUUUGCUAUGGAAGAAAGGAAGGAACAAUUUAUGAGUACUAUGUAUCAAUGUUGGAUGCCAUUUAUCAAGAUGAAGAUGAAAGAAAUGGUGUUCCAAUUAGCGAAGAAAGACUGAACAAUCCAAAGCAGCAGUUAUUGAGAUAUUUGGCAAGUCAGAUUAACUCACCCUACUCUAAGGAAGCAAACAUUCCAUAUAUCUGCCACCAGAUUACAUUGCUAGAUUUUAACAAGUAUUUUUACUUGUUCGAAUAUGAUAAAGAGAGUAACAAGUUGGUAAAUAUUCUCUUGCAGAGAUCCAAGUUGACUAACUGUAAGCAAGUUGUCAAUUCUGUUUACAAAACAAGUUCAAAAAAAAUGAAGCAAAGCAAUUCCUCUCACAUACUCUGUGGUGAUAUCAUCACAGUGAUCAUGGGUUAUCUUCCACUGGAUGAACAAUUAAGAUCACUCAGAGUUUGUUCCGAUUGGUUCCGUGCCAUUCAAUCUAUGCAAUUUUUGUUCAAACAAGCCUUGAUUGAUUUUUUAAAAAUUGAUCAAAUAUUCGGGAUGAAUACAAUUAUCACCGAGCUAGAGUUUAGUAAUAAUAGUAGUACCAAUAGUGAUGAAUAUUUACGAGUGGGAGAACAGAGGGAAGAAGUGGAUUGGCUCAGAAUUCUCCAAUUACAAUUUGCAAAACUUCCUAAAAAGAUAAAGACUGGAAUUAAAGAAAUUAAUGAGGAGGAAUUUUCAAUUAAGAGUCUUUCUAGAGAGAAUUAUGGAAAUGUUGAUUUGGUUAAGGAUUGGAAUUCUCCAUUUGAUUCAGAUCCAAUCUCAAUGGAAAUUGGUGAUGUGAGAUUACCUCACAGUGUCUCGUUUUAUGAAUUUCCAUUCGAUUUGAGAAGUGAAAUUAUUGAAAAGUACAACGAUAGUGAAACAGUGAGGAAGAAAUUGACAGGAAUUUAUGUUACUUGCCUUGUCUAUGAAUUAUUGUCUGUUGGUGAUUACGUUCCAAACUUGUACAAUGAUAUAAUACGAGUGAUACCUUCUUCGGACACGUUUGAUGAACUAUGCUUGGAUAAUUUCACCUUGGAAGAAUCAAUUGCAGCUGUUCUGUUGUGUACAUUACAAGAGAAUGGAGAUGAAAUUUUGGAAAGGUGGUUCAAGAAUGAUAUCUUACUCAAGAUAAAGCUAUCUGAUGUGAUUUAUGUCAAGUCGAGUCCUCAUCCUGUUCCAUCUCAAGUAACACCAUCUCUUCUCAUGGAAAGCAUUAGAAGAGAUGGACUCUCAUCAAAUAUUCAAUUAUGUCCAAACAUUGAGAUUGUAGACUUGCGGUGGUUGUCUCUGUCAGAUAUCGAAACAAUCAAGAACAAACUGCAAUUACUAGAUGACCACAGUGCUGAAAUGAAACAUUUGGAUCACUAUGUCUUUCCACUCUAUUACAAUGCUGGAGGAGGUUCAUACGAUAUUGUAAAUGUUAUGUUCAACAUUGAGGAGGAUGGAAGGAUUGUUAAACUCGUCAGAGAGGAAUCAAGAACGUAUUACUAA